UUGAUAUCAAGCACAGCACUACCGUGCUGCUUCCCCAUCAUCGGGGGGAGGAAAGUCGAGCACCUUCUGUCAAACAUCGAGGCUCUGGAGAUCUCACUCUCCCCGGAACAAAUCGAGUUCCUGGAGAGUGUGCUUCCCUUCGACCCUGGCUUUCCAGCGACCAUGAUCGGCAACGGUAUUUCGUCUACCCCCUUCUUGGAAACAGCCGGGCACUGUGACCGAAUGCCCGUUCAGCAGACGAUUCCUCAUACGAAAAAGUUGGUGGGAAGGGACUAGCCGGACGUGCAAAAGCGCUCGUUGCCAGCGAAUUAGGCCGCUGCAGUGUACAUACUUCUCAUGAGUCAUGACUCACUCGAAGCGUGUCGUAAAUAUGAAUUCCCCCUGGCUGUUCUUUG